AUGAAUCUACUUACCGGUACGUGGUACAAUAAACACAAUGUAUUCAAUAAUAAUAGCACACAUCCAAAUUAUCACUAUAGAAAUAUAUUUCGACUACUUAAAGAAGAGCAACCUGAUAAAAAGAUUGCCAUCUUCUCACAAUGGAUAAUUAAUCGUGUCAAGCUCGUCGGUGAAGGAUUACCAGAGGCCGGUAAUAUAAUGUUUGAUUACAAAUUCGACGGAUAUGACUUAGAUGAAGUCGCUUAUCCCCAUGAUCCAGAAGAAAUAUAUAUCUAUAAUAUUGAUCGUCGCGUAACUCAUGAAACCUCAAAAUGUGUCAAAAAAAAUGGACCUGAUCUCUCUUGGGUUUAUUUAGAUAAUACAGAUGCGAUAGGACAUCGUUUUGGCGACAGUGAACAACUCAUUCAAUCAGUCGUUAAUUUUGAUAAUGAAGUAGGACAAAUUUGGGCAGCCAUAAAGUACCGAAUAAAAUAUUAUAAAGAAGAUUGGUUAUUCAUUAUCACAACAGAUCAUGGUAGGGAUUCAAUAACAGGCAAAAACCAUGGCAAUCAGUCGAUGAGAGAACGAACAACUUGGAUAGUGACCAACAUAAAUCAGACUAAUAGUUAUUUUCGUGAUUUUGAACCUGCUAUAGUUGACAUAUUACCAACUAUUGCAAGAUUUGUAAAUCUCACUGUUCCACUUGAAACUCAACGAGAACUAGAUGGAGUGCCGUUGAUAGGAAAAGUGUCAUUAAUUAAACCUGACGCCAGUUUAAAUGGUGACACUUUAAGAGUUCAAUGGAAAGCUUUAGAUUCUACAGGAAAUGUUAAAGUAUGGCUUUCAACCACAAACUUAUAUAAGAAUGGUAUGACAGAUGAUUACAAAUUAGUCAAAACAAUACAGAUAGACAAAGAAGAAGCUAUAAUUGACAUUAAACCGUAUGUAUCAAAAUUCUAUAAAAUUGUGCUAGAAGGUCAAUAUAAUAUGGUAAACAAAUGGGUAUUUAGACCAUGA